AUGCCAGGAGAGGUUGUAACAGUCCAAUGCGGCCAAGCUGGCCUGCAGCUUGGGUUCGCCUUUUGGGAACUGCUUUUGGCUGAGCAUGGCUUGACAUAUGAAGGCACCCAGGGCAAACACAAUGCCCCCGAGGGUUGUCAGAAUAACGUUGACUGCUUUUUCUAUGAGGCUCACACUGGCCGAAGCGUACCAAGGAGCGCUAUGAUUGACCUCGAUAAUUCGGCAGAGAGCUUGACUGGCUGGAGCCCCAUACGGCGCUUGUUUGACGAUGAGUUUUCCGUCUCCCACAAAGAGGAUGCCUCCAGCAACUUCGCUCGGGGUUACAUCAGUGUUGGCCCGAGUGUACUGUCAGCUGCCAACGACGUGAUACGCCGGCAGGCAGAGAUGUGCGACAGUCUUCAGUCUUUCUUCGUAUGCCGGUCUCUCGGCGGCGGUACAGGCUCGGGUCUAGGCUCGCUUCUUCUGGAAGGCAUCGCGGAACAAUUUGGAAAGAAAUACAUUUUGGACUCGUUUGUGUGGCCAUUUAAUUCGCAAACUUCAAGCGUGGUGGAGCCGUACAAUGCCGUGCUCGCGACUCCAACCAUCUGUGCCCACUCUUCGGCUGCUCUUUUGGUUGAUAACGCCGCGCUCUUCAACAUCAGCCGAAAUCUUUUGAACGUCGAGUCCGUUUUUCACUCUAAUCUCAACCAUCUUGUUGCCCAAGUUCUUUCAGCCACCACUCUUUCGACCCGUUUUGAAGGAACGCUGAACAGUACAAUCGAACACACGCUUGUAAACACGAUACCAUAUCCUGAGCUGAAGUUCUUGACCGCAUCUCUGGCCCCUCUGACAAACCUGAAAAAGUAUCAAUUCGAACGCGCGUCUACCAAAGACAUCACCAUAGAAUGCGUUUUACCCUCACGGUGCUUCGCAAGCAUCGACUACACCAAAAACCGCUCCAUCGCCUGCCACAUCAUGUACAGGGGAGACGUCACGCCACGAGAUGUGCAGGAGGGCGUCGCAGCCGUGAAAGAGCACGGAACACUGAGAUUCGUCGACUGGAUACCAACGGGGUUAAAAUGCAGCAUGAACAGUCGGUUGAUGUGUGUCAGUCCAGAAUCUGAGCUGGCCCCCGCUUUUCAGUCGUGCUGUAUGCUAGCGAAUAACACCGGGAUCACUUCGCUUCUUGAGAAGACUCUGGCAGACAUGUACAAGAUGUUCAACAAGCGAGCAUUUGUUCACUGGUUUGUGGGUGAGGGGCUGGAGGAAGGUGAGUUCUUGGAAGCAAGUGAGAGGCUUCAGAGGACUAUCGAUGACUACCACGAGAGUUUGAUUGACUGCGAGUACUACUAUGAAUAUGAAGACGAAGGUCAUGAAGGUGGACAAGGAAAAGAGACAGCCCCAUCAGAAUCAACGACGGAACCGUCGUCCCCUGUGCACGGAAAGAGGGAGGGCGAAGAGAAGGAACCUGGUGGAACCAGCGAAGUGUAA